UUAUCUAAAAGACGACUUUGACUGACUAUCCUGGAUCGUCACGUUUAGAUAAAGAUCUCUGUAAAUCAUAACAUGCUUUUCUCUCUUUUUUCUUUCUUUUUUUUCUUUUUACAAAAGCUUCCACAUCAACAAAACUGAAACGUUAAUUUAAAGAAAUACAAAUAAUUAGCAUUGAAAUACAAUCAAUUGUCAAUGACAUCAAAGCCAAAGAGAUCUUUCUGGAAUAUCAGAUUUUGGACAGUCUACGAACAAGUACUCUCUACAUCAAAAUAAUUACAUCAACACUGAUUUUCAUGCAAUUUCGUAUAGCGUUUUGCGACAAUCUGUCAAAUUAUUAUUAUCAUCGAUUGUUUUAUUUUGAAACUUUCUCCGGAACUACUCUGUUUCGCCUUUUUCGCUUGACGCCCAGAGAGAAAAGGAAAAGCAAAGAGCUCAGGCGGUAGAAAUGGAGAGCAAAAGGACUGGGAGGGUGAACGAAAAUGUUCAAGAGACAUGGCGUGGCAGCAAGACAAAAUAAGGGCAUCUUAGUCCAUCGAAAGGAGUUAUCUAUAGAACAAAGUCAAGGUUGGGGAGUCGAUCUAACUGUCUGAAGGAUUUUAAAGCGUUUCUUUGUGGUCUUACCUCGGAAUCAGUGCGCACUCAACGCUUGUGUUGGUCUCUGCAGAGAGAAGUCUGAGGCGAACAACCCAGUCUGACAGGAUAAAAGGUAGCUCAGUAUGAGUCGAGAUGGGUGGGCAAAGAAGAGAGCCAAUGCCGGUGAUGACAAUGGUUGGGCUGAGAGGGGCGGCUACAUGGCAGCCAAAGUUUCUAAACUGGAGGAGCAGUUUAAACUUGAUGCCCCCAGAGAGAAACAGAAGGACGGUACAUGCUCCAGUAUUUUCACUGGAGUGGCCAUCUAUGUCAAUGGAUACACAGAGCCAAGUGCAGAUGAGCUCCGCAGACUGAUGAUGCUGCACGGUGGUCAGUUCCACGUGUACUACUCUCGCUCUAAGACCACCCACAUCAUUGCCAAUAACUUGCCCAACUGCAAAAUCCAGGAGCUCAAGGGAGAGAAGAUCAUUCGGCCUGAGUGGAUCACAGACAGUAUCAAGGCUGGAGGUCUCCUGCCUUACCUGCAGUACCAGCUGUACUCUAAACACAAAGGCCCACUGUUCCCCAGCAUGACUCUGCGCCAAACAGCUGAGAUCGCAGGAACCAGCCAUGGGGUGCUUCAGCCGAGCGUCCAUCAAAAGCUUCACCUGCCACAGCGCAGCAUUCAGCACCAGGAGCAGUCCUCAUCCAUCCCUAACCACAGCCACAGCAGAAUUAACCAAGGCAGCAUCCAACCUCAGUCCAUCCAGCAAAGCUCUGCAGCUCGCUUCAGUCACCCACAACCAAGUCACCUAGUAUCCACUUACCUCAGUACAGAUCCCAGGCACAGGAGCCCUUUACACUCCCACCUGCUGUCCAACCCGAGCCCCACAAAGCUCCCACACAACCCCCAACAGUCCACACCUCAUAAUCUCCAGCACCAGAGAGCCGGCCAACCACAACCUCAAUACAACGAUUCUUGCAACAGUGCCCUGAGUGGCUGCAAGGAUGUGGAAUUAAAAAUAAACGGAAUAUUGCAGACCUCAUUGGAUCUGAUGAGCCAUUCAAAAAUGAAGGAAAUGCAAGAGUGUGUCAGAGGAGAUCCUCUCCCACGGGUGCUGAAGGAAGCACAUCUGACAAAUGGACACACUCAUCUUGUUAACGGUGCCUUAAAGCCAGAGGAUCUGUCCCCUGUUACAGAAGAACCCUCUGUUGACAAGGAGUUGCCUCAUUGUAGAGUCAAGAGUUCAGAUGAUAAACCUCAGAGUCCCUCAGUACAGUUUCAGACCAAACCUGACCCUUAUGAGUUUCCAUACAGUCCUCCAAAGCAAUCCGACCAGUCUCCCGUCUCUCCGAAGCAAUCCAGUUCACUCGGAGCCAACGAGCAGAGACCUAAACCUCCACCACCCACCUACCAGGAGGCUAGAAAGGCCGCCGAAAGCCACCUACUUCCGAAACAGCUCCAGCCAUGCAUUAAAGUUGACUCAAAUCCCGAAAGGACUCCUCUUUCACCUGCAUCCCGCUCCCUUUUACAUUCUCCGAUUCGACUGAACGGAAGUCACCACAAUGCCUUUUCAUCUGACCCUGCCUCAACAAACACAACACUUAAACCUGAUCCUCCCACUGAAAAGUCUUCAUCACCAUCUAAGUCAUCAGCGCAGCUGCUGGCACAGACGGGCGGCUUGAUCUCUGAGUUCUACUCUCACUCACGUUUACACCAGAUCUCCACAUGGAGGUCGGGCUUCUCCGAGUAUGUCAAUGAACUACACAACAAGCGAAAAGUAGCCGGGGGCGCCUCCUUCCCUGGGAAAGACCGACUGAGGAAAUCUGUGGCCCAACGCUCUACAGACAGCCGAGGUACGUCUUCACUCGCAAGUGUCAAAUCUUGUAUUCUUCACGUGGACAUGGACUGCUUCUUCGUGUCUGUGGGGAUCCGACAUCGGCCAGAGCUCAAAGGAAAGCCUGUAGCUGUGACCAGUAACCGUGGACAGGGCAGAGUGCCCCUGAGGCCCGGCGCUCACCCUCAGCUGGAGCAGCAGUACUACCAGAGAAAACAUGCUCAGCCUCAAUGUGAGAGGGCAGAUGAGGAUCUACACAGAACUCCUUCACAAGAGAGCCCUGACUUCCAUGCUAACGGAGUGGACCAGGAUGCUGCUACUCUCUCCAUGGCAGAGAUUGCAUCCUGCAGCUAUGAGGCGAGGCAGGCAGGCGUGAGGAAUGGGAUGUUUUUUGGCAAAGCAAAACAACUGUGUCCCUCGCUGCAGUCUGUCCCGUAUGAUUUUGAGGCCUAUAAAGAGGUGGCUCUCACCAUGUAUGAGACUCUGGCAGGUUACACCCAUGACAUUGAGGCUCUGAGCUGUGAUGAAUUGUUGAUCGACGGUUCUGCACUGCUCGCUGAGUUGGGCAUCAACCCAGAAGAUCUGGCCAGUGCAAUAAGAGCAGACAUCAAGGAGAAAACGGGAUGCUGUGCUUCAGUGGGCAUUGGGUCCAACAUCCUGUUGGCUCGCCUGGCGACCCGUAAAGCCAAGCCUGACGGGCAAUACUUCUUAAAAUCUGAAGAGGUGGAUGAUUUCAUCAGGGACCUGCCAGUCACCAGCUUACCAGGUGUUGGGCCUGUCAUGGGCAGAAAACUGGCUGCUAUGGGUGUGAGGUCAUGUGGGGACCUUCAGCAGGUAUCCCUGUCUCAGCUGCAGAAGAAGUUUGGCCCCCGGACUGGACAGACCCUGUUCCGCUUCUGCAGGGGGCUGGAUGACCGACCCGUCCGCUACGAGAAGGAAAGGAAGUCCGUCUCAGCUGAGAUGAACUACAACAUUCGCUUUACAACGGUCGAUGAGGCGGAGUCUUUUCUCACUAACUUGUCCAUGGAGGUGCAAAAACGUUUACAAGACAGUGGGCUGCGGGGUCGCAGAGUUACCCUGAAGGUCAUGGUUCGCAAGGUUGGAGCACCAGUUGAAUCCGCUAAAUACGGUGGUCAUGGAAUAUGUGACAACCUAGCUAGGACUGUGAUGCUCGCACAGUCCACUGACAGAGGUCAGCUGAUUGCCGCUGCAGUCAUCAAGCUGUUCCAUGCCAUGAAGCUGCAGGUUCAGGACAUGAGAGGAGUCGGCAUCCAGGUUCAGCUUCUUGAAGGACAUCGCUCUGUCCCCCAGGGCUCCGUGGGCCCGGGAGCACGCUCCAUCAAAGAGAUGUUCCUCGACCAGGGAAGUGCAAAAUCCAGUAGAAGAGAAGCUGCUGAGAACAAAACACAUCAGGAAAAGUCUUCCUCAACCACAGGCCCAUUAUCUCGCUCCUCUCCACGUCCUCUGUCCUCUCCCGAGCCGGUCCCAGGGACAAGCAGAGACCAGCAGACAUGCAGACAAACUCCAAAAAGUUCUCGAGCACGUCUCAACUUCAGUAUUGAGAUCCCAUCCCCGUCACAGGUGGAUCGUUCAGUGUUGGAAGCCCUGCCCGCAGAGCUGAGAGAACAAGUGGAGCAGUCAUGGACUAAUCGGGACGGGAGGCCGAGUAUCUGUCGGUCACCCAGUCCACCGGCCUCUGCUUCUAUCCCGAAGCCGCCCUCUCUGAGACCUGGCCCGACCUCCCCUCCUCAUCCUCCCGCCCCUGCUCCUGCUCCUGCACUCUACACUCCACCUGUCAGUACAUUGCUCCUGCAGAUUCCAAACCAGCCAGACAGUCCGGGAAUUGUACUGGAACUACCAAACUUCUCACAGGUUGAUCCAGAUGUGUUUGCUGCCCUUCCCAAAGAGCUCCAGGAUGAACUGAAGACUGCCUACAACCAUGUAGCAAAUGUCCAGCCUCAGGCAAAAAUAUCAUUGGAGCCGAAGAAUCCACUGUUGCAGUUAAAACAAUCAGGGCUGGGAGUUGGCAUUGGUCGGGUGAAGCGGCGCUACAAGAGAAAAAAUGCAGUGAGCCCCGUUAAAAAAGGUCCCUCCCCUCAGAAGAGGCGUCACACGACAAACAGCCCAGCCAAAACCCUACCGCCUCCUAUAAAAUCACGGGAACCAAUGAACAUAUUAAAGACAGAAAAUGUUCCCUCCACAUCAACCUCAAAACCAGACCUCACAGAGUCCAAAUUCAUUGCUCGUCCUUCUCCGGUGUUGGCCGGAGCCUACGACCUAAGGGACAUUAAAACCCUGCUACGGGAAUGGGUCACCACCAUAACAGAACCUAUGGAGGAAGACAUCCUGCAGGUGGUGAAAUACUGCACUGAUCUGAUUGAAGAUAAAGAUUUGGAGAAAUUGGAUUUGAUUAUAAAAUAUAUGAAAAGGCUCAUGCAGCAGUCGUUGGAGUCUGUUUGGAGUAUGGCUUUCGACUUCAUCGUAGAUAACGUGCAGGUGGUUGUACAGCAGACUUAUGGUAGCACCCUGAAGGUAGCAUGAAGGAGGAGGGGGGUUACUGUUUUUACUGUGUUACCAUUGCCACGUUUUGUUUUGCUUCUUUCACAAGGUCAUCUGCAAUACAAAAAUAAUAUGUCUAAAUCAUGACUUUCUGCUAUCUCAACUUCAUAUUUUCAGUGUCCUCUGUAGAGUGAGACACAAAUCAAUGACUUCACACAGUCAAAAUAUGAGAAAGUGUUACAAGAGCCAAUGACAGUAUUUGAUGAAAGUGUGUACAGUCCAUAAUUUUCUGUAUUUGCUUUUUUACGGGACAAGUAACACAAACUAUAAAGCAGGAACUGUACUUAGCUCACCAAAACUCAGAACAGUCAUAACCGUAGCAGCUUUUUUGCAAAUUUACCAUUUUUCAUAUGGACUUCUUUUCUAAAUAAAUGUCUGUGAAAUUUUAUAUGAGGAUUUUUGCAGGCAGUGCUUGACUAUUUCUUUUACAAGCCAGGCCUUUAUAAGAUUUUAAAUAUCCCUCCUGAUGAGCGUUUUACAUCUAAAAUGAGCAGUUGACUUCUGCUAUGUGUUCUUAAUGUUUAAAUACUGUUACACAGGCACAUUUGGAGUUCUUUUGUUUUUAGUCAUGCAGGUAAAUCACAGUAGGUUUAAAAUAAUGUGGUAAAUACAAUUAGGACUGCAAUGAACAAUUAUUUUCAUGAUCAAUUAAUUUGACAAUUAUUUUGUAGAUUAAUAGGCUAAUCCUUAAAUCCAGAAAAUGCCAGAAAAUAGUGAAAAAUGUCCAUUCUAGGAUGUCCAAGUCCAAGGCUUUCAACUGUCUUUUGUUCAGUCCAAAACCCAAAGCUAUUCAUUUUAUGGUACAAUCAGAGAAAAUCGGGAAAACUCCAUAUUUGAGAGUCUAAAAACAUAAUUUUCUGCCAUUUUUGCAUGAAAAAUAACUUUGGGGGAUUAAUCGAUUAUCAGAAUAGUUGCAGAUUAUUAUGCUGUUAAUGGACUAAUUUCUUUAGUCGACUAAUCAUUGCAGCUCCAAACACAUAAGCACCUUUUGGAUAUUUUAAAAUCAGUCUUGAAGCACUUCUCAGACAUCAGACUAAAUAUAAUAUCAGAAAUAGUUGAAAUAAACAUUUAAUUUUUUGUCAAUGCUUAUUUGGUGCUCCAUGCCACCAGUGCUGACAUUUGAACUAUCUACUACUGAUGUGUCACAAGAAAAAAAGAAAACCACAAUAUAGUAUGCUGCAUACAGUAGUAGUAUCUUUCUCUUUGUCUCUUGCAAAAAAAGUGCCAAACCUUGUUAUUAUAGUAUGUAAAUAAUGUUUUUAAAGACACUUGUUAAAAGUUUUAAAAGAUUUUCUUGGAGGGUUUACCUCUUGUAUUGUUUACAUGUAGUGAAUUCUUAGUAACAGUCUUUAAAUUGUAAAAUCUUCUCUCUCUAUAAUUGUUUGUAAGUGUUCCAACACAGAAGUCAGAAAGCUGGCCAAAGCACUUCACGUGAGGUUAACUGUUGAUUCUCAGUAGCACUCUGACUCUAGAGGAUGUUGACAGGGGUUAUGGCAAUCAAUAAGUAGCCUAUGCAGGUUUCUUUUCACAAGCAAACAAGAUGUCCCUUCAAGAUAAUGUAACAUUUCAUACAGCCUCUUUAUCUGGAGUUAAUCUUUUCUAGUGGGUUUCCAGCUGAGUUUCAUAAAUGUGAAUAUUGGAAUAAUGCUGGAUCUGCAUAGGAACAUGUGACUGGAUUUUUUAACUCAAUGUAUGUACUUCAAACAUUGGAGACAUUUGUAUGGCUUGUGGCUACAUCACUGUAUUUCUGUAUUGGUGAUUAGAAUUGCUCAGCAGAUGCGGCUGGCUGGCUGGCUUGUAAUCUCAACCAUGCAAAGGUGUGUGUGUGUGUGUGUGUGUGUGUGUGUGUGUAUGUGUGUGUGUGUGUGUGUGUGUGUGUGUGUGUGUGUGUGUGUGUGUGUGUGUGUGUGUGUGUGUGUGUGUGUGUGUGUGUCUGUGUGUGUCUGUGUGUGUCUGUGUGUGUGUGUGUGUGAUCAAGCAGUAUCCCCUAUAUGCAAACCAAAUCAAUCCGUCAUUUUUUUUUUUCAACUUGUUGAAAUGAAUGUAAAUCAGAAUGUGCAAGCCUCCACUCACUUUCAAGAUGUCCGCUUCUCUUCACCUGUCGUAUCUUUCCAGAAGGGAAAUGGCCAGAAGUUAAAAUUGUCUUCUCUAAACUGGCUUGUGCCUGAAGACCUGAAGCUGUGAACUUGUUUGUAAGUUUUCUAAAUCUUGGUAAUAAACUGUAAACUCUGUAUUCA